GAGGUGGAGUGGUACAGUGACCUGGCCCCCGGCCAGUACGUGGCCAUGGAGUACGAAGGCGACGACGUAGAUCACGAAAGGAUCCUGCUCCAUCCUCUCGGCGGCGGAGUUUGGUGGAUUCGAACACCAGACGGCGAUGAGUACUUCCAGGACGUGGCCUGCCAGGACGCGUCGGACGGCCCAGUGCGCUGCCGCUUGCUGCCCGCCGAUGGCUCGCUGCCGCCUGGGGCUAGAGGCCGAGGGCGGCGUAAGCUGUACCGCUUCGCGGAGCGGGUCGGGGCCUUGGAGCUGCGAGAGGGCAUCCUGCGGGGCCGUAGGGCUUGCGAGGCGGAGUGCCGCCCUGGCCAGCGUCCCGUGGUGCCCGAGCGCGUGCAGGAGCCCGCUGGCGAGCUGAUGCCGAUCGAGCGUUUCUUCGGCGGCAGCUUCCCGCCCGCGCCGGGAGUGAGGCUUCGAGGCAAGAAGCCGCUGACCGCGGCUCUGGUCGCGCGGCCCAGGCCCGAGGUGGCCCCUGGCGGUGCGGCCACGCCCGAGGCUACGGAGGCGGAGGAGCCUGCGGCUGACGCGCUGCCGCUGCUUGCUGGGCACGCCUGGGCACUGGCGGAGCCCGUCCUUUCCGCUGCCAUCGGCAGCGAGGUGGACAUCCGCAAGUCGACGUUCGUUGGCGCGUCGGACACCUCGGGGCUGAUCUUCGUGGGCGACGGCUUCGCCAGGGCGAGGCGGAUGCCAGUCGAGGACGUGCCCGAGUAUGCCGACACUCGCACCGCCGAGCUGCGCCGUCGCCUGUGGCUGCCGGGAGCGGGCGCCGAGGCGGACCUUCGUGAUCGCCUGGCUCGCCCGCCUCUGCCGCCGCCCGCCGAGGCGCCCGCCCAGGUUGGGGAGGCCGCCGCGGCGCCGAUCAAGAGCGAGGACGUCAGGCUGCUGGCGGUGGACUUCGACGGCCAGGGCGAGCGCUUCAAGCCUCGGCGCGAGGCGGUGCAUGAAAGUAGCCAGGAGGAGUUCAGCGACCAGCCGAUGGAUGCCCCCCCGAGUGCGCUCACUACUUGUAAGAGUAUGCUGAGGGUGGGCGGCGAUCCGAGGCUCUGGCUACGUGAGUACCUUCGAGAGAAGGGGCUGGCCAGCGCGGACCGCGUCGCCCACGAGUUACGUUGUAUAUGCGAGGCUUUGUACAUGGCGGGCUGCUACGACCAGGUGAAUCUGGGCGGUCUGAUGGCGCUGGAAGUCUUUUGCAAGCGACUGGAGGGCAUCGUGGCGGCGCACGCUAAUCCACAGCGCGUGCAGUGGGAGGUGGCGAAGUACUACGCGGGCGUGCAGUCGGCCGAGGACGUCGCUGGCCCAUUGCUGCGGGCCCACGUGGCGCGCAAGAUACGCGAGGAUCGAGAAGGCCUGCAGGCGCUGCGCGGCGCCCCCUCGGGCGCGCAGGAGGGCGACCUCGGCGCCGGUGGCGGCGGUGGCGCCGGCAGGGGCGCUGGAGGCGAGGACAAGGGAGGCGGGGGCGGUCGUGGACGCGGCGACGGCGGCAGAGGAAUGGCGAACGACGCGCUGAAAGCACUGAGCUGGAUGGCGGGCUGGAAGGAGUUUUUGUGGGCGGAUCGCGGCCCGGACGUGCUACCCGACGAUGUGCAGGUGGACGUUCAGCGGAGGGCGUGUGAGUUGGUCGACAGCUGGCGCCCGCGCCCUCCGCAACUCAGCGACGAGGCGGCUCUCAAGAAGUUGCUUCAAGGACAUUCCCCGUAUCAGGCGGCGGGCUGUCCGACAAGGGUCACGUCCUUCAAGCUCGACCUUCUGAGCCUCCCAG